CUGUGCGUUCCACCUACCCGGAAGUGGCUCCAUGUGCUGAGUGCUGCUGCUGGUUACUGUUGCUUGGUAAAGCAUCGCUACCUAGACUAUUUACUCGUGAAGAUGGAGACAGACAAAUCUUUACUGUCAGCAGAGCGCAACGCUGAGAUGGAAGAAGCUUUGUAUGAACAGAUGUUAUUGAAGGCUAAAGAAGAAAUACAGAGCAGGUUGCCAAAUCUUUCUGAAUCUAAACAAAUCCGGCCACAGCCAGGUUUCUGCAUUAAGACCCGAACAUCAAAAAACACAAAGAUCUUUAUCAACAUCUGCAAAUCAAGUCACAUCCCUGCAGCUCCAGACAUCAGCGAGGCAGAGCUGGUUGCUAUCUUAGAGUCAGAAGACCCAUCUGGUUAUCGAGUUCCUAUGAGCAUCGGAGAACCGCACGUAGAAGUGGAUAACAGUGGGAGCGGAUGCACUGCCUACGACAUUGUGAUAAAUAAUUCCUUCUUCGACAAGAUUAAGGAUAAUGAGCUGUUCAGGGAAUUCUUCGUCACAGUAGCAAUGGAAGGACUUGAAAACAAGUAUGAGAUGGAACUCUCUAGAGAGUGGAGAAUGCUGAAGAACCGAAAAUUCAUGGGAUCUAUUUUUGAUCAAAACAUCAGAACAAAAUCCAAGCCUAUCAUCCAGGAAAUUGAUCCAAGUGUGUCUCGGAAUCCCCAGAGCAAGCCACUGAUUUCAGAGAUUCAAAGUUCAUCAGUCGUUCCCGAGUAUACAAUUGUGGCAGAACCAUCUCAAGGGCAUCCAAGCUUUCUUGUGGCAGAAAUCUCUUUACCCAAAGUAUCAUCUGUUCGAUCUCUUGUUCUUGACCUCGGAGAAGAUCGAAUAGUAUUAUUGGCAAGGCCUGAUCUGUACCAUUUGGACAUCUUCAUACCUUACAACAUUAUCCAAGAAGAGAGUGGAGCCCAGUUUAAUAAAAGCACAAAGGUUCUGACAAUUACAAUGCCAGUCCAGCCAUCCUAACGAGUGCACUGCUAGAAGAUUUGAAUACCAGUCCUUCAUCAACAUACUGAUCCAGUGGAUCCGAAAAUGCAUAUGUUUUACAUGUUUUGUGUUUGUGUUCAUUCUAAAAUGCUGCUUACUCCUGAAGUGGAAAAGACUCGAUCCACGGGAUUUUGAGACUUAAGCCUAUUUAGUAAAUCUGGUUUGGAU